GUGUGAACAAGAGACUGUGACAAAAUGUUCCAUUUUCAUUCCUUCCUAUCUCUCUCUCUAUAAAUACAUAUAUACAGAUAUUAUUUUUAAGAAUCACAGAAGAAUGAAUCCACAGGAGUAGAAUUUUCAGAAGACAUCAGCUCAAGGAACUGAGUCUACAUAGAGACAAAAGUAGAAGUAUGUGUGUAGAUGUACUGCAGAAGGGGAUAAUGCAGCUUAUUUCAAGCUAAAAGAGGGAGAUCUGGGUCAGACAUGAGAGGGAAAUUCUUCACCCAGAGGGCAGUGAGGUCCUGAUAUUACUGCCCAGAGAAGUGUGGGCGCACCUUGGGCUGCUCAGUGCCAUAGAUGGGUCCUGAGCAGCUGAUGGAGGGAUGGGACCAGCCCAAGGGCUAGGGGUAGGGCUGGGGGGGCUUUAAGGUCCCUUCUUGCCCCAGCCAUGCUGUGAUUCCAUGGUUCUGUGAUCUUGAAGGACCCUCCCAAUCCAAGACACCUGCAGAUUCUGUGACUCCAUGAUACCACAAAAUCCCAGGAUAAAGCAAUGUGCAGUGUUCUACAGGACUGUAGAACGCUGCUCUGCCAACACAUUCCUUUCCCUAAGACACCAAGGACUGCAACUUCUUAAAGCCCCAUUCUCAGAGAUGGGCUGAGGAGAGCAGUCCCAUGGACCGAAGCUCCCAGAAGCUGAGUGACAGCUGCUCCAAACGGUGUUUCCUUCCCGUGCCCAGGGUGAGUCACUGCAGCUCCCAAACGCUUUGAUAUGGUACGGAGUCCGCCUGUCUACAAAGACGGCAGAAGGCGACAGUUAUUCCCAAACAAUACCACUGUUGCUCAGAACUUGGCCGUAUUAUUUCAGAAGGGCGUGUGUGCAGAGUGAGUUCUCUCUCCAGAAUGCUGUUGGACGUGCCAAGCCUAAUUAAUCAGAAAGACGAUCCACCUCAUCAAACCCAUCCCAGUCUCAUAAAUGCAUAAAAGGGCUCUCCCGAGCCCGUGCGGAGCACAGGUUCAUCUUUCUUCUUUCCCUCCCACUCCUUGCUCCAGGCCAGCACCUCCACUGCUUCCCUCGUGCCGUAGCAUCCACUCCAUCCCAAACCAGCCAUGUCUCGCCAGUCCACCGUCAGGAUCCAGAGGGGGAGAAGUGGCUUCAGUGCUGCGUCGGCCAUCGUGCCUGGCACGUGCCGCACCAGCUUCAGCUCGCGCUCCGUCACCCGCGUUGGGGGCUGCAAUGCCGGCAGUGGCUUUGCAAGGGUUGGAGGUGGCUUUGGGAGCAGAAGCCUCUACAAUUUUGGUGGAUGCAAGAGGAUCUCCAUGGCUGGAAGGGGUGGGGGCUUCUAUGGCUCCGCAGGGUUUGGUGGAGGUGCUGGAAGCAUGCUGGGCUACGGAUAUGGGGCCUUUGGAGGGGGCAUGGGCGCUGGUGGCAUCCAGGAGGUCUCCAUCAACCAGAGCCUUCUGAAGCCCCUCAACCUGGAGAUCGACCCCAGUAUCCAGAGGAUCCGAAAGGAAGAGAAGGAGCAGAUCAAAACCCUCAACAACAAAUUUGCCUCCUUCAUCGACAAGGUCCGAUUCCUCGAGCAACAAAACAAAGUGCUGGAAACCAAGUGGAGCCUGCUGCAGGAGCAGGGGAUGAAAACGGUUCGGAACAACCUGGAGCCGCUCUUUGAGACGUACAUCAACAACCUGAGGAUGCAGCUGAACAGCCUGCUGAGCGACAAGGGGAGGCUGGAGGGAGAGCUCGUCAACACACAGUACCUGGUUGAGGACUUCAAGAAGAAGUAUGAAGAUGAAAUCAACAGGCGAACCAUUGCAGAGAAUGAGUUUGUGACACUUAAGAAGGAUGUGGACGCUUCCUACAUGAACAAGGUUGAGCUACAAGCCAAGGCAGAUGCGUUGACCGAAGAAAUCAAUUUCCUGCGAGCCCUCUAUGAAGCCGAGCUGUCCCAGAUGCAGACCCAGAUUUCCGACACCUCCGUGGUGCUGACCAUGGACAACAACCGCAACCUGGACCUGGACAGCAUCAUUGCCGAGGUGAAGGCGCAGUACGAGGACAUCGCCAACCGCAGCCGGGCUGAAGCCGAGUCCUGGUACCAAACCAAGUAUGAAGAGCUGCAGGCUACCGCAGGCAGGCACGGGGAUGACCUCCGCAGCACCAAGCAGGAGAUCUCUGAGCUCAACCGGCACGUCCAGCGGCUGCGGGCUGAGAUUGACAGCGUGAAGAAACAGUGUGCAAACCUGAAAGCAGCCAUCGCGGAUGCUGAGGAGCGCGGGGAGCUGGCCCUGAAGGAUGCCAAAGCUAAACUGGCUGAGCUGGAGGAUGCCCUGCAGCAGGCAAAGGCAGACCUCGCCCGGCAGCUGCGUGAGUACCAGGAGCUGAUGAACGUCAAGCUGGCCCUGGACAUUGAGAUCGCAACCUACAGGAAGCUGCUGGAGGGCGAGGAGUGCAGGCUGGCUGGAGAUGGUGUCCCAGUGAAUAUCUCCGUGACCAGAACCACCAUGGGAUCAGGAUACGGAGGAGGAAGCAACCUCAGCAUGGGAGGGGGCAUGUGCAGCAUGGGGAACAACUACAGCUGCAGUGGGCCUGGGGGAAGCAGUGCCCUGGGUGGGGGCAGCAGCUCCAGCGUGAAGUUCUUCUCCAGCUCCUCCACCCGGAGAAGUUACAGGAGCUAA